GCGUUUGACUCCAUUAUUCAAUGAUCCAAUCCUUAUCUCCAAUUUUCGCAAAUCAUUACUAAACCCUGAACAAAUAACCAGGGAUCAAGGUGAAAUAUAUGCUUGAUAUGCAGUGUAAUGUAUUUAUAGUUAACUUUUGUAUAAUAUUUCUGUUUCUACGAGCAUCACAAAUAUUAUACGGAGUAUAUGCACAUACAUUGCGUCAAUUUGUCGUAGAUUGUUGCUGAACUGUUGUAGAAGAUGUUCAUCAGAAGAUGUUUCGUUGGCAGAGGUUUCCUAGAUGUUUACUUGAUUCAGAAUCUGCAGUGUAUUUGAACCUUGGUGUUGAUUGUCCAUAGAAGUUGAUUUUGAAAUGGUGACACAUUUUACAUAUAUAGACUGGUGUGUAAUAUCAAUGAUUAUGAAGGCAGGAUAGGCAUAUUUUAUUCAAGAGCAUCUAGCUGUUGCAGACUAUUAUUGUCUGGAUUCUACAUUUCUCAGUAGUGGGCUGGAGCUGUGCAGGUUUUACUUACAACAAUGCCAAUUGGGUAAUGCACGUGGCAGAUGUUAUUUCGUUGCAGUUUAUUAAGGCAAGGCUUAGGAACGGAAUUUGUGGAAUAAUAUAGUGCAGACAUGGGUUUGCCUCAAGUAGCUUGUGAUAGUCAUGCACCUGAAAUUGCCUCACCUUUGAGCACAUCUACACAAACACCUCCCAGAUUUGUAGCUAUAAGCAGCUGUGAUAUGAGUAGGAUGAACAAUGGUCAACUUAGCAGUCGAACUCCAACUGAUUUUGCUUGCACUUCAUCAAGGGAAAUCUUAAAUGAUCCGGAUGUUCUCUCUAUUCCUAAAGAUGGAAUAAUUAGCAUGCAUAACUUGAGGAUUGAUUCUGCUGAAAAGAAUGGCUUCUUUACUCACAACGUUGGAAGGGAAAUUCAAAAUCCAGCUUCGAGGAUUGUGGGUUUUGAGUCUACAUCUGUGAGGCCAGUCAAUUCGUAUGGACCAAACCCAUCAGAUAGUAUAAAUCCUUCUGCUACAGUUUGCAUCACAAACAAGAUUCUGGAGACAAGUGGUUCAGCGGUUAGAAAACGAUUAUUUUCACCUUUGAAUGACAUGGUUCUUCCUGAUCAAUGUUUUGGUGAAUCUCUAGAUGUUGGCGGUGCCACUAGUUUAAUGAAAACGGCCUAUUUAGGCAAUGAUGCAGAUAUCAUUGUCUUACAAGAACACAAGAAAGCAAAUAUGAGGAUUUCAAAAAACUUUGAAGUUUUGUCCACACCGAAUGCAUUGGGAAGUUACAGCACUCCAGAUGUAAAUUGUAAUUUGAACUCCACUAUGUCUACUAUUAUGGAUGGCUCCUUGUUCGAUGAUGAGAAGAGAUUUUCUGGUGCUCUUUUUACCCCUACCUCCCCUAUACUAAAGUUCCAUGGAAAGAUAACAAAAGUUUCUUCCCAAGAUGGAGGGGUGGACAUGCUGAAUAAAAAUUCAUACUCCCCACCACUAUCUCUCUCUCCUCUCGGACGUCAUUGCUGUAAGAGAAUAAUAGAUUCUAAAUGGCAUAGGCACAAGUGGGAGGAAUAUGAUGUCAAACGGUCACUUGACAGGAGUCUAUUAGAUACCAUGUCUUUUGAAAACGAAGAAGAUUCCAGAAUGGGAAUGAAAUUAGACUUAGAUGUUGAUGACUUUCCCAUGAACUUUGAGCAUUUCACAAUUGAUGGUAUGAAUACAAUGAGAGAAAACGGGCGGAAAAAUUCCAUCCUUACAAGUCAGCAUACCAGGUUAGGUAGAGCACUAAGUGGACUCAGUGUCAGAAGGUCAUUAGUUGGUUCGUUUGAGGAGUCUCUUUUCUCUGGUCGUUUAGCACCACAGAAUGUUAGCCAGAAAAUUGAAGGCUUUCUUGCUGUUCUUAGUAUCGCCGGAGGAAAUUUCUCUCCACAUCCAAAGAAGCUUCCAUUUUCAGUAACAAGUGUGGAUGGCGGAAAGUAUUUGGUAUAUUACUCAUCCAUACAUAUUGGAGGACAUUUAUCAACUACUGAGUCUAAAGUCUCUAAAAUGAAGAGAAGCCUUAGCAUUAAUGACUCUCGGACUAACAAUGGUCGCCUUCGAAUACCUAUGAAAGGGCGUAUCCAACUGGUUCUCAGCAACCCAGAAAGGACUCCCAUUCAUACAUUUUUCUGUAACUACGAUUUAACUGAAAUGCCAGCAGGAACCAAGACAUUUCUGCGGCAAAAGAUAACUUUGGGCAUAGACAACUAUAAGGAUGCUAAGGGGAAAAGUGAUGCAAGACAACCUACACAUACAAAUGUUGAGAAUUCUUUUCAGUCUAGUGAUGUAAUUUCUGAUUGUACAAAAUCAAAUCAGUGUAGCAGUAUUGUCGUGGAUGGCAUUGGUUGGCCUUUUGCUGGCACUGGAAGCACUUCUGCAACGUGUUUUCCAAAAGUAUCUGAUAAUGCUACUGGUUCUGGUGUCCUGCGGUAUGCUCUCCAUAUCCGGUUCCUGUGCCCUUACUUGAAGAAAAGCUCUAAAACAUUUCAAAGGUGCAAAUCUGACCCUUCAUAUGUACCCACGAAAAGCCAAACAGAUAUUGAAGGAGGGCGACGUUUCUACUUGUACAAUGACAUGAAAGUUGUGUUUCCUCAACGUCAUUCAGAUGCUGAUGAAGGAAAGGUAUGUAUCUUGACUUUCUGAGUUGCAUUGUCUAUAAAUCCUCUAUUUGAAGCACCCUUCCCCCUUUUUGAGUUUGUUGCUCCUAUCCUCUUCACAUCAUGAUUUUUGAUAGCGUAUGAAGCGUUCUGCCUUGAGGUGGCUUUAAGCCUCAAAGGCUUCAGGCUUCAACCUCAUGUUGGUAUUUUGAGGCUUAUGCCCUAGGUGGAUGAGGCAUAUUAGGUGCAGGG